AUCAGGAAAUAGGUAUUUUUGUGGGUGGGUGGAGUCAGAAACGGAGGCUCUGUUUUUUAAGGAAUGUUUUGGCAGUUGAAGACUUCUGAGUGUGUAUUUCUGUGAAACAUUGUAGAAGUGAAAACAACGUUUAAUUUCAGCCUUAAUUUUGUCUAACAUGUAUAGUUUUGUUUUCUUGUUGAAGCUUAAAUUUGUAGUUUAGUAUGAGGGCUGCGGGUUUAAAUUUAUUGAUUUACAUUUUCUUAAUUUGGGGGCAAAAAUGUUAAGUAAAGUGUGUGUGUGUGUGUGUGGGGGGGAACCCCACUGCUUUGAAGAAAGUAAAAACAGGGAACAUAUCUUUACCCUCCAAAUGUCUGUGUUGCUAUCAAGAAUGACAGAGUUCUUGAUUGCAUUAUCAUUGCCUGAAGAAAUAGGGCUAUGUUUUUAUGAUUACUUACUAAAAACAAACUUGGUACCAUAUAGAUGAUAUUCAUUACCUGAUAAUAUUCUUUGCCCAACUGAAUGUGUUCUGUAUAAUAGUUUAAAAUAAAUAUUUUUUAAUGUUUGGAGAGCAGUAUUUAAAAAUUUGAUAUAACAGUAGGAGUCUAUGUUUUAAUAACUUUUCUCCUUUAACUCUAAAAAAUAAUCUUCCUGUAGUAUAACUAAGAUUUGGUAUUGAAUGUGUGCAAACAGUGCUGGAUUCAGAAGAUGGAGGUUCUAACCCUGGUUCUUUCACUGUGCAGCCUUCUCUUUCUGUGGACAGAUCACCUGCCUUCUUAGAAUCUGUUUAAUUGUGUGUAAAGUGGAGUACCUAUCUCAAGAUUUCUGAGAGAAAUAGAUCCCAAAGGAAGACUUCCAUUUGGUAAUUUAAUCAGUGCAAGUGAAAUUAAGGAAUAAUGGAUGUAGAAAAUGAGCAGAUACUGAAUGUAAAUUCUACAGAUCCUGAUAACUUAAGUGACUCUCUAUUUUCUGGCGAUGAAGAAAAUGCUGGGACUGAGGAUAUAAAGAAUGAGAUAAAUGGAAAUUGGAUUUCAGCAUCCUCCAUUAAUGAAGCUAAAAUUAAUGCCAAGGCAAAAAGGCGCCUACGGAAAAACUCAUCCCGGGACUCUGGCAGAGGCGAUUCAGUUAGUGAUAAUGGAAGUGAAGCCAUUAGAAGUGGAGUAACUGUACCAACCAGUCCAAAGGGAAGAUUGCUAGAUAGGCGAUCCAGAUCUGGGAAAGGACGGGGACUACCAAAGAAAGGUGGUGCAGGAGGCAAAGGUGUUUGGGGUACACCUGGGCAGGUAUAUGAUGUGGAGGAAGUGGAUGUGAAAGAUCCUAACUAUGACGAUGACCAGGAGAACUGUGUUUAUGAAACUGUAGUUUUGCCUUUGGAUGAAACAGCAUUUGAGAAGACUUUAACACCAAUCAUACAGGAAUAUUUUGAGCAUGGAGAUACUAAUGAAGUUGCGGAAAUGCUAAGAGAUUUAAAUCUUGGUGAAAUGAAAAGUGGAGUACCAGUGUUGGCAGUAUCCUUGGCAUUGGAGGGAAAGGCUAGUCAUAGAGAAAUGACAUCUAAGCUUCUUUCUGACCUUUGUGGAACAGUAAUGAGCACAAAUGAUGUAGAAAAAUCAUUUGAUAAAUUGUUGAAAGAUCUACCUGAAUUAGCAUUGGAUACUCCUAGAGCACCACAGUUGGUGGGCCAAUUUAUUGCAAGAGCUGUUGGAGAUGGAAUUUUAUGUAAUACCUAUAUUGAUAGUUACAGAGGAACUGUAGAUUGUGUACAGGCUAGAGCUGCUCUGGACAAGGCUACUGUGCUCCUGAGUAUGUCUAAAGGUGGAAAGCGCAAAGAUAGUGUGUGGGGCUCUGGCGGUGGACAGAAGCCUGUUAAUCACCUUGUAAAAGAGAUUGAUAUGCUGCUGAAAGAGUACUUACUCUCUGGAGACAUAUCUGAAGCUGAACAUUGCCUUAAGGAACUGGAAGUACCUCAUUUUCACCAUGAGCUUGUAUAUGAAGCCAUUGUAAUGGUUUUGGAGUCAACUGGAGAAAGUACAUUUAAGAUGAUUUUGGAUUUGUUAAAAUCCCUUUGGAAAUCUUCUACGAUUACUCUAGACCAAAUGAAAAGAGGUUAUGAGAGAAUUUAUAAUGAAAUUCCGGACAUUAAUCUGGAUGUCCCAUAUUCAUACUCCGUGCUUGAGAGAUUUGUAGAAGAAUGUUUUCAGGCUGGAAUAAUUUCCAAACAACUCAGAGAUCUUUGUCCUUCAAGGGGCAGAAAACGUUUUGUAAGUGAAGGAGAUGGAGGUCGUCUUAAACCAGAGAGCUACUGAAUAUAAGAACUCUUGCAGUCUUAGAUGUUAUAAAAAUAUAUAUGUCUCUGAAUUGUAAGAGUUGUUAGCACAGUUUUUUUGUUUGUUUUUAAACACUUGUUUUGGUACAAGGCAUUUCGGAAAUUUUAUAGACUUAAAUUUAAGGGGAAUUUUUAAAGGAAGUGUUUCCUUUUUUUUUUUUUUUUUUUUUUGAUGGUGUAAAGGAGGGACAGAAAAGUAACCACUUCUUAAGUGGAGUGUUCUCAUAAGCUACCUUUUGUAAGUGCCAUGUUUAUGACCUAAUCAUUCCAAGUUUUGCAUUGAUGUCAGAUUGCUAUUCCUUUCUUUCAAGGACAGUGUUUUUGUAGUAAAAUCACUGGUUUAUACAAAGCUUUAUUUAGGGGGUAAAGUUAAGCUGCUAAAACCCCAUUUUGGCUGCUGCUGUUGAAAUACUGUGCUUUGGGAGUAAAAAAAAAGUUAUUUCUUUGUCUUAAAGAAUUUUGAGAAAAUGAGUUAGUCAGGAGACUUAUUCAUCUUUCCAGGGAACAUAUUGAUUGGUCUUAAAGACUAGACAGUUAAGUAAAUGGUGGCUGGAACAUUUAUUUUUCUACAAAACUGGAAAAAUGAACCCGGUUCUAGAAGAAUGUAUGACAAAAUAAAACAUGUGAAACAGUGUUGAUUCUUUA